AUGGAGUCCGCGUUUUCCAUUUUCCAGAGCCCCGGGAGGAGUGAUGCUGCUGCGGGGUGUCCAGGGGACUGCGUUUUGGAGGACAAUGAGGAGGAGAAAGGCUUCCCUGAAGACCUGAAGCAAGAGGAACUGUCUCAGGUACAUGGAGCCCAGAGCCCUGAGAGGGGGACAGCCUGUGAUGAUUCCCCUCAUGAAAAAAGAGACUCCAGGAAAGUCGUCCUGGGCACCAAUGACCAGAAACUGCACUGCAAGGAGAAACCCUUCAAGUGUCCAGAAUGUGGAAAGGGCUUCAAGGGGCACUGCAGGCUCCUGACCCACCUGCAAAUCCAUGCAAGAGAAAAGGUGUUUGUGUGUGCAGAAUGUGGGAAGAGAUUCAGCAGGAAGGCCAACCUGGUGGCUCACCAGAGAGUCCAUACAGGGGAGAGCCUCCACAAGUGCAAGGAAUGUGAGAAAACCUUCAGCCGUGCCUCGAGCCUCCUUGCUCACCACAAAACGCAUCUGAAGAAAAAAACCUUCUCCUGCACAAUCUGCAGAAAGAACUUUGGUGGGAAUGCAGCUCUGCUGCAGCAUCAGAGAGUCCAUACAAAUGAGAAACCCUGUAGGCAUUCAGAUCGUGGAAAUAGCUUCAGUGUGAGCUCAAACUUCAUCAGACACCAACAUCUGAGAGAGAGAGCCGGUGAACACACAGCAGAUGCAAACCAACCUGAAUUUACAUCUCUGCAUCAGAAAGAAGAGCGACAGUGUGGUCCAGAGGCAAGUGAGAUGGAUCACUGGAAUCUUGUUUCUGAAGAGUUGAAGAAAAUGAGGGAAAAUAUGGAUAUGCUUCUCCUGAAUCAACAAAGUCAGCUGCAGGUGCUUCAGGAAAUUCAGAAGCAACUGAAUACUCUGCUCCCAGGCAAUGCUCUCCUGAAUUCCAAUGUUUAUAGCUUAGGACUCCUGCUAGGACAGCAGAUGGCUGCUGCAGCAUCCAUUUCUUGUCCCCUUCUUAAUCCCAGCAGUCUCCUGUCCUGUGAAGGUGCCAGUGCUUUAUCCCUUUCACCUGCCUCUGGAGCUCUGGCUGCAUCUCAGCUCCCAGCCUCUCAAGACCCUGUGGCUUCUGCAGCUCGCUCAGCAUUGUGCUGUGAAUGUGUCCACUGUAAACAUGUGUGACUGCUUUGUCACUUGGGGCAGGUGACCUCUGGGGCUGUGGUGUUGCAGUUGUAGUAGCUGUGAAGGUGCUGACUGUACAUUCAGAUGCAACAGUUCAUCAAAUCCCUGUCCUGUAGCCUGAGGGGAUUUUGGCCAGAAAUGACCUUUGUCAAGGGGUGCAGUGAAGUGCAACGUUCUUACACAAUUUAGAGUAUUUUUAAUCUGAUAUGUCUUUCAGCAUGUACUUGGGCAAUUGUACCUCUCCUAAUGAGUUGAAACUAGUGAUCAAGUCCUCAGGGAUGAUAUAAGUAUCUCCUGUUAAGUCUGAUUUAUAUAGAGGAAAGCAAGAUGCUUAUGUAAAGAUGUUCAGGUUAACAGCACCCCUAUCCCCAGCAUCUAUUUGCAAAAGCUUCCUUCCUUUAGGAAGUCUUUAAAUUAGGUGUCCUUGGCUUAACUGAUUCUCAAACCAGCAGCACUGCUCAAAAUAGAAAAAAAAACUUUCUGCUUUUUGCUUAAAUGAAACAACCACCCCCACCACCCAAGAAUACUGCAACUAGAAACACAAACCAAAAAACCCUCAACAAAAUGCCACCUUUCAGGUCUACCUUGCUUACCAAGAGUUCAUGAGGAAAAGUCAAAUUGGUUCACUGGGCACUUGUUCUUUUGUUCAAAGGUGAGCUUGAUUGAGCCUGGGUUUACUUUGUCAUACCCUAUUUGGAUUGUUACUUGGUUUUGGCUGUUAUGUAUUAAUUAGGGGUAGGAUUGGGGUAAAUAAUGAACACUGAGAAACUCAGGUGCAUCAUCUUGUGAAAACAGCAAAGGAAAUAAUUUUUUUCUAUUCUUUUUUUUUUUUCCUGUAGGACUCUGACAUUUAAGACAUUAACAUGUCUUAAAAUUCUGACAUUUCAACCUCUGUCAGGGUUGGAAAGUGCAGAGUUUUAAGACACGUUGGUCUGGUCUACCUUGUUCCAUCAGUGACAGACUUGGGACAGUCUCAGGACCUUUAAGCUUCAAAAGUGCAGAAAAAUCUCCUUUACCUUUGAACUGGGAUAAAGAAACUUUGGGGCUUGUACCUUUGCCAAAAAGUCUUUUUGUGGAACUGAUGCUGUGCUUGUGCAUGGUUGGUUUUGUGCUUGCAUUUUUUUAAUGUUACCUUGUUAAUAGGAUGCACUCUUAAUAAUUAAUAAACUAAGGUUUAGAUUUUAGGGAUGGGAAACACUGAUUCUCUUAACAAGUCUUCUUGCUGACAGAAUGUCACAUUCUGUCACAAAGCUAAAACUGUGGGGCCAGGUAUGUCACUUCUGCUGUGUGACUACAGACUGAAAACCACACACUCCUUUCUACUGUGUGGGAUUUUGGAUUAGUCUUAACUCAUCAGGAUAUUAAUUUAAGCCAAAUUAGGAGGCCUUGAGGGAUGUCCCUUCGAUGUGAUCUUGUGCUAGUAUG